AAUGAGGAGGAGGAGGAUGUUGAGGAUGACGAGAUGUCCGACUUGGUUGAUUUUGGCGGCGACACAGCUGUGAUGAAUAAGGGUCCAGAGUUAUUGAAAUGUGCAGAAGAUAAAACUUUUUGGCUGAAUUUGAUGAAAUGAUAACAGAAACUUGUAGAGCUGAUGUUCCUAAAGUUCCUGUUGUUGAUAUAGCUAUACCUAUAACACUUCGUAAACCAAUUGAAAAACCAGCUACUACCAGCACUGUUGAAGAUAAAGGUCAAAUGAAGUUCACAGUUUUGAUGAAGAAAGGAAACAAGCCUCAGCUCAAAGAGUUGAAUGUACCAGCUGACAAUAUCCUGGCAUCAGGCCUCAAGGAAACCCAACUGGCACUUGAGAAUGAGAAGAAAGAAAUGAAAAAGAUUGUACUGACACACGAGCGAAGGCAAACUGAAGAACUGAGACAGGAAGAGGAAGCUCAAGAUUUCUACCAAGUCAAUUCUUCUCGUCAGAUCCCAUUGAGACAACCACCUCAACACCAUCCAGCCUGGAAUCCUCAGCAUCACCAUGGCAACCAUUUCAAGCCACACCCACAUAAGAAACCCCCUGGAUGGAACAGUAGGAAGUGAUGGAAUGACUUGGCGUUGUUAUUACGCAAUCAUCGAGUGACCUGUUGCUGAAGAGAUGUGAAAAAAUUUAAAAUUAUAAUUUUGAUGAACUCAAAAUUAGAUCCCAUUAUAAUAAAUGGAUUUUGCCUCAUUCUUAAUUAUUGUGUAUGUCUUGAAUCAUUAUUAUAGUUGUGUCGUUCUUAGAUAAUAUUGAUAUCCCAA